AUGUUAGAUGAUUUUCAACUUGUUCUUCAAAUAGUUGAAGAAAAUAAAGUUGAAUGGGGCACUGACUUCAUUGUGCCAUGUCAUCUGUCACCUGAAAUCAGUGCUGUUGACAUGGAGAUCAGGUGGUUUAAAGAGACAGACUGUGUGUGUCUCUAUAAGAACAGACAGGUGACAGAGGGCAUGAGCUACAAGGGCAGAGUGAAUCUGUUCACUGAGGAGCUGGACAGAGGAAAUGUGUCCUUACAACUGCGGGACAUUGGACAGUCAGAUAUGGGAGAUUAUUUUUGUCAGGUCAUCAGUACAGACAGAACAGCGGAGAUAACAAUAAGAGUAGGAUUGUUACAGGGUGGCUCUAGGAACAGAAACACAGGAAAAGGAGCACUAGUUGGAGCAGCAUUGGGAGUAGGAGCAAUGGUAGCAGCAGCAGUGGUAACAGCAGCAGGAGCAGGAGCAGGAGCAGUAGUCGCAGGAGCAGGAGCAGUGGUAGCAGCAGUAGGAGCAGGAGCAGGAGCAGGUGCAGGAACAGGAGCAGUGGUCGCAGGAGCAGGAGCAGUGGUAGCAGCAGCAGGAGCAGCAGCAGGAGCAGCAGGAGCAUUUUUCUUCAAACGAAAAUUCUUGAAACCUGUUAUGAUACAAAAAACAUGGAGUAAAGAAGAGAGAAAGAAAAUGACAGAAUCUUCUAGUUUGGCACAAAGAAGAAACAGCAAAGAAUUAAUUUCUCCAAACUUUUCUGUAAAACCAUCACAAAAGCAAGAGUGAAGAUGUGGAACAACACUAAGUUCAUUGUUCCAAUCAGUAAGUUGUAGUAAUGACUGUACACAAACACAAAAGUGAAUGCUUUAUUUAGGUGUGUAUUAAUGCAAAUGCCCAAUGAAUCUAAAAGCUUGAGUUAUUCCCUGAUAAAACAAACUCACUCAUUCAUGAUGUAAUAGUACAUUUUUUGUGGCUUUUGUUCAGAUCGAAAGAAGAAAAAACUGCUAAAUCAUGAUCUUGAGAAAACGUAUUAUGAUGUUUUCAUGUUUGAUAAAAUUUUUUGUGUUGCUUAAACAUCUUUAAACAUCUUUGUAAAGA